UUUUUAUUUUUUAUUCUUCUGUUCUUUAAGGUUGUUGUCGGAUUAAACUUUUUUUUUUUUUUUUUGAUUCGAGUUGGAUCUUGAUUCCAAAAGUUGUUGUGGGUGUUAAAAGGGAUUCGGCGUACACCUUGUGGAAUUUUAAUUGCAGAAAAAAAUUGAUUUUUGCCCAUACAGGUCUGAAUUUGUGUUUCCAUGUUUUCUGCAUUUCAAUUAUUAGUGCGGUAUGAUCAAAUGUGGAUUUCUUUUGUUCUUAAAGUUUGAAUCUUUAUCGAGGUUGGUUUUAAUUUACUUGUGCUUUUUUCCAUUUUGUUGAUUUAACGAUUCAAUUCUUGGAGUUCUCCAAUCUUUUGGAAAAUAGAUAUCUGCAUAGGUUAUAUGAAAAUGGUGCUUUGGUUAUUCCGUCUUUCCUUUUCUCAAAGAGAAAAUUGGGUUUGGGUUUAUCUAGAUGAUUAGUAGUUUGAUAGAAAAGAUUGUGCAGACUUCAUAUCAGCUGCUAAAGUAUCUUAUGUUAGUUGAUUUCCUUUUAGUCUGUGAUUUGCCACCUGGUUACUUUGGAAAUGCAAUUUUCUACUCAGAUUCAGGUACUUGUAAGUUUAAAUGCAAUUCUUAUGGAAAAGAUAAAUGUACUUUUAGGCCCUUGUUUGUUUUUGAUGUUUUAAAUAAAGCAGAAUGGAUUUCCGGUUCACUGGCUAGAAGUCUAGAACUCUGCUUAAAAUGGUGUUGUAGAACUCAUGUGAAACAAAAAGAGGAGCUUUUAUGUGUUGUGUGUUAGGUUUAUUGUGAAAUUAGCAAAAAACAAUAUAUAGAUGAAGCACAAUAUACAUAGCUAAUUCCAAUGGUUAGGAUUAAGGUUUGUUUUAUGUUGCUACACUUAUAUUAAGUAUGUUGUUUGCCAGGAGUCUUUUUAGUUCAUUACUGAUUUGUACUAUUUCGGUAGGAAAUGUAGAAAACCUUUAUAGUAAUAGAGAGUCCUUAAUAAUGAAACCGCUCAAAGUCCAAAUGGAGCGGAAUGGAUAUUGAGUGUUCAUAUAGCCGACCUCAACUAGUUUAGGUUUGAAGCAUAGCUGUUGUAAAGUACGACUCCACCUCAAUCCCAAACAAGUUGGGGCCAGCUAUAUGAAACGUCAAUGUCCAUAUUACUCCAUUUAAUCUGUUGUUAAGUAGUAUCAAAAAAUUGAACCCGGGUAGAGCGGAAUGGUUACAAAGGAACCAUACAACCAAUUGCAAAUUUUUGACAUUAAGGCAUAGUUAUUUUUGUACCUUACUAGUAUUGUUUAUAUGUCUUUGACAAGUUUUAGGAAUUCACUUAACGAAUGAUAGUCAAACUUUGACUUCGUGUUUUUCCUUUCACCUAACUUUUUAACUACUACUACUUUAAUAUCUUUUAACUACUCUUUGCUAAAUAAAAAAAUCAUGUUAACUUAUUUAUUUCUGUUCCCAUUCACGUAAAAUAGAAUUGAAGGAGUAUUAUGUUUUUGCGCCCCCUUCCAUUUUCUUCAGUAGAUACUUGUCCCAUUCCCCAGUUCUCUUUGUACUUGUCUUGUUCUUCGAAACAUAUAACAAGUCUUCAGCUUUUCCAUCCUAAUGCUAAGGACAUCGAAUAUUCCUCUUUAGGGGAUUUUAUGUGCAAAUCAAUGUUACUUCCUUCUUUUUGUAUCAUUUUGCUUUCGUUAAUGAUUAUUUUUAUCCAAAUGUGAUUUGCCAGCAAGAACUUAGUAGUUAGUACUCUGUCCUUAUCUAUAACCAACAUAAGUUCCAGGUCAGAUUUUCCUAGUUUCUUCACUUUUGGGAAUCCCAGUACUCCUCAGACAUAUUUGUACAUUCUUCUAUGCUUGUUCGUAUUUGUACAUUCUUCUAUGCUUCUUCGUAUUGCAGGGAUCAACUUUUCUGCAUCAUGGUCUGAGUAUAUUCACAAGAACACAAAAUGACAAUCAGCCACAUCAAUUUGACUUCAGGAAUUUGAUUAUUCUUCAUGGAUCUAGGGAAUUAAUGACCUUGCUUGUUUCUACAGGAGUUUUUAUGCCCUAAAUCUUAGGAGAUUGAAUCUUUUGUGAUGGAAGAAGGAGAUUCUCCUGCAAGGAGAUGGGAGGACCUUGAUAUUGAUGUCUUGGUGAAGAUACUCCAGUCCUUUGACCUUUUCGAGUUGACUUCUGCACUUGCUCAAGUUUGUCGUGCGUGGCGAUUGGCUUGUUCCGAUCAACUUCUCUGGAAGACGCUGGAUUUGUCAGUACUAAAAUCAAAUUUCAUCAAAAUUCCAUUAGAGCCGUACGUAUAUGUCGACUCUCAGUCUGAUAAAACAUUGACCCGCCUCCUGGAGAUUUGCUUGAACCUCAGUCAAAGAAACACACUAACGUUAAUCUUCCAUUACAAUCUGUAUGUCAGCGACACUCAGUUGACUUAUGCUGCUGAGAGGUGUCCACGGCUUAAACGUCUUGUUAUGCCUGCUUGGAACAGAAUAAAAAAGACAGGAAUAUGCAGUGCUAUUCGUAUGUGGGAAGAUCUCGAAUCACUGACGAUGCCUAGUAUAGCAAAUCCUCCAUAUGUCAUGGAAGAAAUUGCAAGGAGUUGCAGAAAUUUUGCUGAGCUCAAGAUUAUUGGCCCCUGUGAUAUGCUCUUUGCAAAUACACUGGUAGAAUUUCUUCCAAACUUGAAAGUGUUGAGUGUGAGGUGCACAAUGUUAUAUAAACCUGCCUUGGUUAUUAUCUUGGAUGGGUUAAAAAAGUUGGAAGUGCUCAACAUAUCUCAUUGCCUAAUUAUCGAAGUCCCUCCACCUGCACGGAAGAAAAUUCUGACCAAGCUUGAUGAAUCGAUUCUUGAAAAAGUGUCUAGUUUACGCAAAUUCAUAACCUGCAUGAGUGACUCGUGCAUCAUGUGUCAGCGUACUCGAAAUGAUGAAGGGCUGAUGAGGUGGUAUAAGUAUGAAGAAGGCCUCUGGAAAGUGGAUGAGGUGAGAUCUCUUGCAAUUUGACAACUUUAAGAAUAUGAGUUAAAGGUCCAGUAAAAUGUGUAAACUUGUGUAAAUGAAACACAAUAAAACCUUGUCAUUGUUAAUGGACGCGAAUCAGCAUCCAGUUUGCUAGCAAGUAUUAUCGUUUUGAGUUGGUAACCUCUGGUGGCUAAGUUGAGUAGCUUUGUAGUAUAGGAGAGAAAUAUAAACAGUACUAUCAUGUACAUGGAAGUGUAAUGCUGCUUUUAUGUUGUAACUUUGUAAGUUGUAAGUCUUAUCUCUUCGACAGGGUUGUUUUCCUGUUCUAUACAUUUCUGCGUGUUUCUAUGCUUU